AUGGCCGACUCGACUCGGCCGCUUCUCUCCGGUUCCAACUCGUCGGAGUCCAAGCUUCCACUACCAAGGUCCCUCGACGAGACGAUCGAGCAGUGCAUUGGAAACUUCGGGUGGGCACAGUUUCUCCAAGCGGCUCUAGUCUCACUCGCUUGGGUCUUCGACGCUCAGCAAACAUUCAUCACCGUCUUCACAGACUCACAGCCCACGUGGCACUGCGUCGACUCGGACCGAUUCAACUUCAUCUGCAACUCGUCCUCUAACCUCUGCACCUUACCCAAUCAAGCCUGGUCUUGGGACUUCAACCCACACGUGUCAAUCAUAUCCGAGUGGGGCCUACAAUGCGCCAGCUCGUUGCUCAAAGGGUUACCCGCAAGUUCCUUCUUUCUUGGCUGUCUAAUCGGCGGCUUAGCUCUCUCUACGCUCGCCGACUCAUCGCUUGGUCGUAAGAACAUGCUCAUGUUAUCAUGUCUCAUAAUGUCUCUGUCUUCAAUGUUAACAGCUUUCUCAACAAGCAUUUGGGUUUACGCGUUCUUGAGAUUCUUGAAUGGAUUCGGUCGAGCCACAGUCGGGACUUGCGCGCUCGUUCUAUCGACGGAGUUAGUCGGUAAAAAAUGGCGAGGACAAGUCGGUGCGAUGGGUUUCUUUUGCUUCACGUUAGGGUUUUUGUCGCUUCCGAUAUUAGGUUACGUUAAUAACGGGAAUUCUUGGAGGUAUCUCUACGUUUGGACAACUAUACCGACACUAAUUUACUGUAGUUUAGUCCGAAUUUUUGUCCGCGAGUCUCCUAGAUGGCUUAUCGUAAAGGGUCGUAAAGAAGAAGCCAUCUCGAUUCUCCAUAGCAUUGCUUCUAAUGCAAUAACUACGAGUUUCUCGAACUUAUCAUUGGAUGUACAAGAGGAUCAAACCAAGUCAAACCCUGAUGUUUACGACGCAUUGAAGAUCUUAGUGAGGAAACCUUGGUCACUUAGGAGAUUAUUAGCGGUUAUGGCGGUUGGAUUCGGUAUUGGUAUGGUUUACUACGGAAUGCCAUUAGCUUUAGCGAAUCUAAACUUCAAUCUUUACCUAGGUGUCGUGUUCAACGCCUUGUCUGAAUUUCCAGCGUUUUUAAUAACGUUUUUCUUUAUUGAUAAAAUCAAUAGAAGAGACGCGUUGAUCGGAUUCACGGCUCUAAGCGGAGUCUCUAGCGUUCUAAUCGCUGCGCUAGGACAGAAAAUAGGGUCACUACAGAUUGUGUUAGAGCUGGUUUCGUUUUUCAGCGCGUGUACGGCGUUCAACAUGACGCUUAUAUACACGAUUGAGCUGUUUCCGACGUGUGUGAGGAACUCGGCGAUUGCGAUGGUGAGGCAAGCGUUGGUGUUUGGCGGCGUAUUUAGUCCAGUGAUGGUGGCUGCUGGUCGGGAAAAUCAGUUUUGGUCGUAUGGGUUGUUUGGUUUGGUCAUAGGAUUGUUUGGAUUGUUUGUGGUUGGACUGCCAGAGACUAGAGGAACUGUUUUAUGUGACACUAUGGAUGAAGAAGAGUAUAAAAAUUUAGCAAAAGAACAAAAUAUUGGUGAAUGA